AAAAAAUGUCUCGUAAUCGCACAACAGCAUCAUCAUCGUCAUCAUCUUUUUCAUCGGAAAUUCCGUCACCAUCUAUAUCAACAAAUUAUGAAGAUAAUACAAUAAAAUUUCACUUUAAAACGCAUGGUUUAAUCACUAUUAUACAAUUAACAUUUUCAACGUUAUGUUUAUUUUAUAUUCCACAACAAAAUUUAUUAAAAGAUCCCGUAGAAAGUUUAAAGUCAACUAAUUUAUUAUUAUUUUUCGUUCAAUUUAUAAUUGAAACUAUUCGUUGGUUAAUUUAUUUAUAUUAUGAUUCUAGUAAUGGUGGUUAUGAAACUAGAAAAAAUUCAAAAGUUUUUCUGAUAAAUUUCGUAAAAAAUAAAGGACAGAAUUUUAUUGUAGCAUUGCUUUUAACUGCCUUUGCUGUUUUCGUAUUACAUAUUGUGGCUAUUUUAUUCGGUGCUUCUUUAAUUCAUAACGCACAAAAAACAUUGAUGUUCGCAGUAUAUGUAUCAUUAUUAGGAAUAUUUCCUCCGGCUGUUGCUUUUAAAAAUCAUACUCCUUAUUGGUCAAGAGUAUUUUCUGAUUUCUGUCCUGAAACAAUUCCAGAAAAGAUGGUUUAUUAUCCAACUGUUGGUACGAUAAUAGGUGCAUGGGCGGGUGCUAUAGUUAUACCAUUGGAUUGGGAUAGACCAUGGCAGGAAUGGCCUAUUUCUUGUGUGAUUAGUGCUUACAUCGGUCAUGUAAUUGGAAGUAUUAUAGCGUUAAUAGUUUGUUCUUUUAAUCCUGAAAGUUCUACUUUACAAAAGAAGAGGGAGUAAAAUUAUGAUCGAUUAAUGGAUGGAUUUAAUUACUUUAAUUUUUCACGAUCUUAUAAUUUCUUAAUUUCGUUAAAAAACAAAAAAGAUUUUCCAAAUAAACUUUACCUAUUUCAAAGAAGCACAAAUAUUUUCGAUGAAGUUAUUUUUACUUUAUAAUUUACAUUUAUUAUCAUUUGAUUAAAUUUUGUUAGUUGCAAUUCUAAUAAUUUAUUAAACUAAUUUAUGCGAUUUUGAUGGAACAUCAUCAUAUUAUACUAGUUACUUCCUCCGUAAUAUAGUCAUCGUUUAAUUGUAGAAGAACUAAAGUUGAUUGUAAAUUUUCUUGAAUAUAUUUAAGACCAUGGUAGUGCAACGAUAGUGCGAUUAUAUUUUUAUAUUGUAAUUAAAUAAAUGUCCGUUACAGAUUUAUCACGAAUAUCUUG